AUGACCGACCAGAAUUACUUCGAUGUUAUUGUCAAAGUUUACAACGCCGUGGGGCUAAAGAGAAGCUCACCUUUCCCUCUAAAAAUUAUUUCGAAGUAUGUUUUAUUCCCUCUAUUGUUAGCUUUAUGUGGGAUGGUGGUAAUAAACUUGAAAUACAAAAGCCAAGAUGUGUUCGGAGUAGUGGAGGUUUUUGAAUCCGUGGCUAGCUUCGGACAAAUGCUCAUCCGUAAAUUAAUACUAAUUCUAUAUUCGUCAAAAAUUGAAAAAAUUAUCAAUGAGAGGUCGCUUUUCUGGAGUUAUGAUUAUCUUGGUGGAGACUUCAGUUCGCGACUAAAUAUGAAGAAAAAUCAGGUUUUCACUAGACUAAAACUAUUCUGGUUGAUGUGUUGUGUCGCUGUGACUCUAGUGAUUGUCACUCCUAUCUUCAUUGAAGAAAAAUCUUUACCGAGCUCGUGCUGGAUGCCCACCGACAACAAAUUCUUCUUCAUCGUUGUGUACAUCCUUCAAAGUAUAUUUUUCAUCGAAUUGAUACUAAUUUCACCACCGACUGAUGGUUUCUUCCUCUUCGUCUGCACAGAUCUUGAAAUACAGUUACAAGUGUUGAGCAACACACUCCAAAAUGUACACAUUGGAAGCAACCAAGAAAAGUGCUUUGAAAAAUUGAAACAGUGCUCAGUUUACCACAGAUUUUUGCUAAAUGUACAUGAAGAUCUCAACACUGUCUUCUCUAUAUACUUCGUUUUACAAUUUUUGAUAAAUAUCAUUGGAACUACGAUGCAGUUUUACAUUUUGAGCAAUACGCCUGCUGAUGUAACACAAGUAAUGAGGUGCAUUAUGUACCUCAUGACUGUGCUUUUUCAGGGUUCGAUAUCAUUUCUCCCGGCUAGUAAUGUCGAAAUUGAGGCGGAAAAACUUGCCAAUGAGAUUUACUGCCUCGAUUGGUACAAUUCGCCAAAUUUGAAAAUUCGUAAGUUUGUUCUAUUCUGGUUGAUGAAGGCCCAAAAACCGGUGCAGAUGUCUGGGGGUGGUUUAAUGACGGUUAACAGAAAUGUUUUCUUACAGAUUCCGCGAACUUCAUUUUCGAUUUGUACCCUGUUGGGAUAA